CUCCACUAAGCAUUUUGAAAGGAAUACUAAGAACACAUUUUCCUUCCUAAAUUUCCAAAACCGUCCAGUUUUUAGCAAAGCAAGAAGAGUUAAAGGAGUGCCUGCUGGGUGGGGUAGAGGAAAAUUAAUCAUCAGCCUGUCUUAGACAGCAGUUUUUCAGGUCUCUCCUCAGCCCUUUGGGAACUCAGAAACUGCCUGGUAGUCUUUCCCCUGGAAUCAUAUGGCAUUUAAACGAGCCCCAGUCAUGAAUAUUUUAUAUUUAGAACAUUUUUCUGUCAAACAGCAACACUCUUGAGAUUCAUCUCUUUCCCUACUUCCUUCCUGUCACGAACGAUGCCAAAGGGCCCAAACCAGGUUUUUGCUUUUUAUUAAGUAUUGAAGAAUCGCUGAAGGAAGGGAGGUAGGGGGCUGUGGGUGGUGAGAUUCAGGGGAGAGGUCGUUCUGUAAACGGGAGCAUUGAACACUAAGAGGAUUAAUAAACACCGUUGCCUCGGAAUUCCGAACCGCCUGCUAUUCCUUCACACCUAGUCCAACCCCCUCAUUUUAAAGGUGGGGAAACUGAGGCCCAGGAAAGUCCUGUGACUUACCCAACUCGCGUUGGGCGUGAGGUAUAUUGGAAAGAGCUGUAAGACGCGGGUUCUAGGCCCUGCUCUGCCACAGACAAGUCACCGUGUGCCCUGGGGCAAGGCCCUGGCCUCUCGGGCUCUGCUUCCUCCGCUGGACUAAACGGGCUCCCUCCACAGCUGUCACUGGAGAGACCUCGACUUCUGCACGAUUCCCGGGAUUUGGGUCCUUUCCUCGAAACCAAGGUUGUGUCUUUGUGAGCGAGAAAGUGGGGCUUCUAGGGGACCACGGGAGCCACCGGGCAAGAGGGGAACGAAGGGGCUCAGCUUCCAGGGUAUGGGCUACAUAUUCCCGCCGCCUGCCCCACGACAGUCUGCGGGGGUAUGGGGGCUGAGAGCGCACCUCUGACUUCACCUUAGUCCACACUACUGCGGGCCCCGCGCGUGUACAGGGCUGGGAACUUGGGCCCCCGAGCUACGCCCCCGCAGGGGCGGGGCUUGUGACGCCACAGCCAGGAGCCAGAGUAGUGCUGCUACCUGUUGUCGUAGCAACGACCUGGCAAGGGGCGUCUCCUUGUAUUCUCCUGAACCCCGCCUCCUCUGUUGUCCAUUCCUGGCCUGAGCCGCCUUUGCGUCACGGGGUCGGUGGGUGGAUGGGGUGGCUUUUCCGUCGGCCCAAUGGCAGGGCAGGGCUAGCCUCCCCUUUAAGGAAUGUUGUGAAGUGACGUCACCGAACCGAGUUACCUUCUCCUCCGGGCCGCAGAAGCUCGGUUUUGAGAACCAGAGCGAACCCGAGCGCGCACGAGAGAGCUUGGAGCAGCAGCAGCAACACUUGGAUCCCUGACCCCGAACUUCCCACCCCACCCCGACCCAGACCCCGGCGCAAUGCCCUCCGACCGGCCCUUCAAGCAGCGACGAAGCUUCGCCGACAGAUGCAAGGAAGUCCAGCAGAUCCGGGAACAGCACCCCAGUAAGAUCCCGGUGAUCAUUGAACGAUACAAAGGGGAGAAACAGCUGCCCGUCCUGGACAAGACCAAGUUCCUUGUCCCUGACCAUGUCAACAUGAGUGAAUUAGUGAAGAUCAUCCGCCGCAGACUCCAACUGAAUCCCACUCAGGCCUUCUUCCUGCUGGUAAACCAGCACAGCAUGGUCAGCGUUUCCACACCCAUCUCAGAGAUCUAUGAGCAGGAGAAGGAUGAAGAUGGCUUCCUCUACAUGGUUUAUGCCUCUCAGGAGACUUUUGGCUUCUAGGCAAAAAGGGGCAGGGAGUAUCCUGGCCCUGGGAAAAGAUAGUAACUGGGGAGGGUGACAGCCCAGUACCCAACUCCAGAACUACAAAGCUCCUGUAACUACCCCCUCUCUGGGCCCCUUUUCCAGGACCCAAAGCAGGGGUGGUUGGCUUAGAUCAAUGCCAAAUGAAGGACUUUGCCCACCCAGGGCUGGAGAGAGAAUAGAGGACAUCCUGUGUCAACAAUGAAUUUUCAUCUAUCCCAAUUCUGUGCACAUAUCAACUCUCGGUGCUACCCCCAGAUGCGAGAGCCCUGGGGGCUGCUGUCUGUCUGUUAGUGUGUCUGUGGUCGGGGGAUGAGAAUAUGUAUAUAUAUAAAUAUAUGGCAGCCUCCUCCCAGUUUUGAAGGUGGCCCCUGUUGAAAGUGAGGGGAGGAGAGGGUGGGCACUUGUGGCCUUGGCCUUGCCUUGGCUCUGGUCUUUUUUUUUUUUUUUUUUUUUAGGCACCUGUCCCUCCCAUCUUUAUUGCAUGCAGUUUGGACCCAUCCUGUGCUGGCAACCACUCCAAGGACUGAGCUUUCCCUUUCAACCACAACCCUGCCUGCUGUUCCCUCCAAGUACCACAAUGUCCUGGAGCACCAGCCUAUUUGAACUACCAUUACUCUGUAUAAAUAAAGAGAAAUUCAAAUUCUA